CCGCCACCAACAACAACACCAAAAAUGUACCCCUCCAUGCCAAUACAGCUAGAACCGGUCCACAAGCCAUUCGUACCUCGUCAAUGCCGCCACUUCCUCACACCAAUCAAAUACAACGGCCGUUUUGUUUUUAAACGUGCCACAAACAUUCCCGAUUUCUUCGUUGAUCAGGACUGUAAAAGAUUCGUAAGAAGAAUGGAGGAGAAGUUAAAACGCGGAGAGGGCACGUCUGAUGGGUGCGGUGCUGAGAAGUGCACUCAUAAGGAGUGUGGCUGUGCAAACAAUAAAAAUAUCAAAAAUACUAUGAGUUCUGAUAUGUGCAUGAACAAGAAUGCAGGUUUAGAUAGCGAUCCGAGGAGCGAGAGCAUAAACAAGAUUGCUUGCUUAAAUACUGGUAGUACGAACAUAAACAAUAAUAAGGAGGAGGCUGUGUGUAAGAAUAGCAAUGGAAUAGGAGAUGAGGGCGUGGGAGAUGAGAACUUGGGAGAUGAGGGCGUGGGAGAUGAGAACUUGGGAGAUGAGGGUGUGGGAGAUAACUUGGGAGAUGAGGGUGUGGGAGAUAACUUGGGAGAUGAGGGUGUGGGAGAUAACUUGGGAGAUGAGGGUGUGGGAGAUAACUUGGGAGAUAAAGGCACUAAUUACAGUAACGUAGAAGAUAGCAGCAUAAACAAAAACGGCAUAAAUAAUCAUUCUGAUAUUCACAUUGGCAUAAAUAAGAAAAACAGUACGGGCACAAGCAGUGACUGUCAGUGUGGUGCGGUGGAUAAGCGCAUAAAACGAGGCAUAGCACCGAUGGAUUACCGUGGGCACAACAAAUCAAAACAUGCACUGUGCACGAAGUGGUGCAGGAAUGCUAAGCACAAGCACACCGAUGAUAGAAGACGCGUGCUCAGGCAUGUCGUGGCACUGCGCGAUCAGGGCGUGCUGUUCUCGUACGAUGGCACGUUGCUGCACUGCUACCUCAAAGGCACGUACGAACGCAUAAAGCUAAGCGAUCAUGCGCAUAGCAUCACAGCCGAGCGCAGUUUCAUCUAUGCGUGCACACGGCACGCUGUUGCAGAGCUGCGCACCAACCAAGUAUUUUAUACGCCGAGUACCUCUGUGUGCAUAAAUACGGUUGAUGAGCUCGUGGUGGCGCACCGCGGGCACCUCAGCGUGUACAGCAAUGGCAAAAAAGUGCACGAGCACUUCUUCACAGAAAAUGUGCGUGUGCACAGCACGGUGCACCCGCGUGAGCUGUACGUGUGCACAAGCAACGAUGUGUACGUGCUGAACGUGCGCACCGGUGAGUGCAUGCACGUGAUGGGCUCUCCUACCAGGAUACAGGAAGUACGUGCACGUGAUGGCACGCUGUUCUUCAUCACGUCUAACGUGUUGUACGUGCUGGGCAUGGAUCACACCGUUAUGGCUGUGGAGUACGAAAUGGAGAAGGCCCGCCUGCAAGUGAACGACCGGUUCGUUAUUUUGUACAGCUGGGAGGGAAGGUUUCUGUUCUUUGAGAGGCAGGACGUGAUGUACUGUGGGAGUGUGCGGUAUGAGAUGGAAGGGUUUGAAGGGUUUUGUACGGAUGGAGAUGUUUAUCACUUUGUGAUGAGGGAGGGAGUUUAUUCGUUUGUAGGACAUGGUUUGGUUAUGGAGAAGGAAGAGGAAGAAUUAGGAAGUGAUGAGAGGAGAGGUGAGAAUGGUGAUGAGAAGAGAGGUGAGAAUGGUGAUGAGAAGAGAGGUGAGAAUGGUGAUGAGAAGAGAGGUGAGAGGAGAGGUGAGAGGAGAGGUGAGAGGAGAGGUGAGAGGAGAGGUGAGAGGAGAGGUGAGAGGAGAGGUGAGAAGAGAGGUGAGAUUGAAGAAGUGGAAGGAAAGCAUAAACAACCUAGCAUAAAUACUGUUAAUGCAUCUGUCCCCGUUACCAUAAACCAUUUCUUUAAGGACCCCUCCACCGUACCAUCUGACAAGGUUGUUUAUGCAGGUAACGCACGUAUCAUACGAAGAAUGUGUAGGAAAAAAAGGAAGGGUGGUAAGCUGAUUAUAAAGGAUUUGUAUGUGCUGUACAAGAAGUACAGAGAGAAAAAGGAAGUACGACGAAAGGUACAUUCUAAAUUGUAUGAUUGUUUGGAAGAGGGAAGAAAUGAGAAAGAGGGAAAAAAUGAGGAAGAGGGAAGAAAUGAUGAUUAUAAGAAAGAUGAUUAUAAGAAAGAUGAUUAUAAAAAUGGCUAUGAAUCAAAGCAAGAUGAACGGCGGCAUAAAAAAUGUAAAAAAAAUGAGAAUGUGAACAAAAAUGGUAAAAAAGAUGCACCUUUAGGGUUCUAAAUGCAUAUAUGUGUGCACCAAAGGUACUACACGCUGCCUUUUCUUGAUAACGCAAAGUAUAACACGUCGUAAGAUACCUUUUAUUAAUUUAUCUAUGUUUGAUCACCUCAUAGGUAGUUUCGAUUGUUUAUCUGUGCUCGUGUUAGCUUUAGGUUCUUUUAUU